CUGAAGGGGAGCGAGCCAAUUCUUACUUUAUGACGUUAAUUGUUCUGGGUACAUAUUUCCUGGCGAACGUUUUCAUCGCCGGUAUCAGUGGUGUAUUUCUUCGUGUUCGAUCAGAGCAUCAGGCUUUGCUGAGGAAAGCCCGUAGAACCUCGGUGUCCUUUUACGAUGCAACGAUGAUGGCACAAGUGCUGAAAGACAAUAUCGUCAAAGCCGACUCGCAGGUCAAGAACCGCUUACUCAACAGGUGAGGAAAGGUGCAGCAGAAUGUCGCGAGAGCAUUAAGUCGGACACGGACCUCCCUGCGGACUGCCCUUCAAGCCAAAUCAAUGGGAGUGCGGUCCAGUAGGUCUUUCAGUCGAAGUAUGACGAUAGGAGUUCAAGCAGCGUUGACAGUUUCCGGAAAAAGCCGCGACAUCGUUGAACAUCCCAAGUUUGAGUGGGGAGUACUUCUCAGUGUCACCAUUAACGUCGUGCUCUUAUCGUCCUUCAAGUAUGGGAUGUCAAAACGGUUGUUGCAUAUGCUCGACGAGUUGCAAGCAGUAAUGCUUUUUGCUUUCAGCGGGGAACUUCUGCUGCGCUUUCUAGCAUAUGGUCGUGGCGAUUUUCUUGACGAUGGAAUGAAUAUGCUGGACUUGAUAGUUGUUUUGACAUCUAUUGUGGCACUCAGUUCUCAUUCGUUUCCAAAUUUAAGAAUUAAGCGGUGGUUUUACUCUUCGAAGAAGUAUGUUGCAAAACAUCCCAGUGUAGUGGCUACUGGCAUGGAAAGUGUUGGCUCUUUGGCGGGGGUUUUUUUCUUUUUCCUUCUGGUUAUCAUAGUAAUCUCUAUCAUCAGCAUGGAAUUGUACAGUGGGCAGUAUUUCAGCCUUCCUGAAGAGUAUCCGCAAGGAAAUCAUGAUUCCAUACUCGAAGCCUUGCUUGUCUGGUUUACAGUAACCACGGCUGAAUCCUGGGUAAACCAAAUGUGGAAUUCCCUCCGACCUGAAGUUCAAUAUAAUGUAGUGGCGCCGUUUUUAUACGUCUUUUACUUCGUCGUGACAGUUUACGUCGUUAUGAAUCUUAUCAUUGCUGUCUUGCUCGAGAGAAACGAGCUUACUGACAACCAGAAGAAGCGAAUCCAACGGAUGGAACACAUGAAGUUAAUCAGGAGAAUGCAAAGUCAGGCACUCACAAGAAGCGGAAGCUGGGUUGUGGGCGCAGUAGAAGGAAUGAAAGGUUUGCGACGGAUGACAACUCGCAUGUUAAGCGUCAAAGAUCACGUAAGACCGGUUAAAGCCAGGCCAAGAGAGAAGGGGUCCCAGGGUCGUCAACGCCCGGCAGUAACUGCUGCUAAGUCUGAUGGGGGUACUACUGGAUCCGCUUUAGAGGCCCCAUCGUCGGUCGUUCCAGCUGCAGAGUUUUCUGAAGCACCGCCGUCGCGCCACAGGCGUUCUUCCUAAGUUUUACAGGUUUCUGGUUUUCCGUCUAAUAUCGGUGAAAGGAGGGGUUCAAGGACCGCACUUCAAGAUGCCGUGAUAACUCUCGACAAGAUUCUCAGCAGUCCAAAAAUUGGCAGAAAUCUAAGCAGGGCCUCUAGCAACAGGAAAUCUUUCCAGCUAUCGGAGUACGAAGAGCUCGAGAGAACUCUUACAACCAUACAGAGACCAUGGUACUUGCGAGAAGGGUCGCUUCUUCUAUCAACACGAUAAGGAUCCUGUCUAGGAAGAUCCUCGGCAGUAAACCGUACUUGUGGUUUGUGAUAGUUUGGAUGGUCAUCAAUACUUGGCUCGUAGUUGAUAUGGGAGAUGAUGGAGAGCCGAUAAUUGUCCCCGAUUUCAUCUGGAGUUUGCAGAAGAUCAACUUUGUGCUAAGGACAUGCUUAUCUUAUUUUGCCUGACAUUGUACAUUGUUUUGGAGCAGGUCUUUUUGCUAGACUGUUUGAUGAAGAUCGUUGCACAGGGACUUAUUUUUGCGCCACACGCAUACCUGAGUGACUGGUUCAACAUCUUGGACUUGUUUAUUCUCGUCACUGAUGCGCUUAUUCUUCUGAAGUAUAACGCUGAGGAUGAAACUCCCAUACCAACCGUGUUUACUUCUCUUCGGUCAUUUCGUUUCGUGGUUCGGUUUACAGGACUGAGGUCAUUAUUAUCAAAUCUUUUUCGGACUAUUCCAGCAAUUGUGUCGGUUAUUCUCUUCACAUUUUUAAUUCUCCUGAUAUUUGGAACCAUCGGGCUGCAGCAGUUUCGGGGCCUUCUCUGGAAAUGCAAUGACCCGACAAUCACACACCGAGCAUAUUGUACCGGCCUCUAUGUUAAUGACAUGGGUUAAUAACGUUUUCCACUUGGACGACAUCCAGAAUGCCCUCCUCCGGAAGACCACCAGCCUGUUCGGAACGCGAGUCCCUGUCAACGCCUUGUUUUUCGUGGCAUUCUGCUGUAUUGGGGGAUUUAUAUCGUCAGAGUUUUCAUCGGUGUGUUUAUCAACGAGUUUGGAAAAAAUUCUGGAGCAGUUCUUCUCACAGAGAGGCAGAAGCUGUGGAGGGACAUGAACCGUAUCAUCCAGAAAACUGAUGCUAUUCCGAUGGCUCAACCACCAAGCAAUCCCAUCCGAGGGAUGUGCUUCUACUUGAUUCGCAAUCUGACAUAUCAAAAGUGCAUGAUCCUCGCACUCCUUGGCUACUCCAGGCUACUUGCAACUAACUAUGCUGGCCAGUCGGCAGUUGUUUCGGACCGGCGUCAGAUGGCUCACUGUGCGAUUACAACAUAUUUCCUGCUCGAAUCCGUGAUGAAGUUCCUUGGCAACGAGGCGGCAACUGAUCCCCUGACCGUGAAAUCGUAGCCCCCUCCGCCGCCGCCGACGCUGCUGCUAGCGCCAGCUCCAUCCCGCUUGCCCGCCAGUGGAAGGUCUAUAAGAACGAGGUUGCACGGCAGAUGGAGUUCGGACUCUCUAUAAUGGCCGCCAUUGGUCUCAUGGGAAAGAAGGGAACGGUGCUAUGUCGGCCGCACUGCCUACAUUGCUCGAGUUUUCUGCAUCAUUCCUCACGUAGCGAGAGCGCAGGUUAUUAUGCGAACAAUGUUCAUCUGUUUGCCAACUGUAGCUGAGAUACUUGCUCUUCUCGCAAUUUUCAUGUAUAUGUUCGCGGGGAUGGCGUUCCAACUCUUCAGUGCAAUGAAGGAAGGACCCUGCAUUGGCCCGUCUGUCAACUUUCGCACUUUCGUCAACGCUUUCAUCGCGGUGUUUCAGGUUACAACUCUUGCUAACUGGUCUUGUGUUAUGAUGGAUACCACAAUUGAUGCACCCGCCUGCACCAACGGUAAAACACUACUUGGCAAUGAUUGUGGCUAUCCAGAGGGCCGAAAUAUCUUCUUCGCCUUCUUGGUCUUGGUCGGGAGUCACAUAUUCAUGAACUUCUGUGUGGCUGUCAUACUGGAUGCUGUAACCUUCGGCCUUGUGAACGAGAACUCUAUGGUCAUGCCGGAGCACCUAUUAGCAUAUCGAAACUUGUGGAGCCAAGAACCAUUCUAUCCCAAUGGUAUGGGAUACAUUGGCAUGCACAAGCUGCAUCGAUUUGUAAACGCCCUUGCUUCCAAUUCCGCAAUCGACCUCUGCAUUGCAUUGCGUCGUUCGGGGAUCCGUUGGGCCGGCACUACAAAUACAAGACCCAAUGGUACAUGAGAAUAGAGUACGAGGUGAUGAGUUUUCGAGUUCCAAACAAAGGAAUCCCUUUCAAGAAGCCGCUGGAAACGCUGACGCUGUAUAAGAUUGGACCAACUGCCGUACAUCCAGGGCGCUGCAACGAAAAUGUAGGCUCUCGUGAGAGGAUUCCUGGGGAGGAUAAGAGCCGGCAAAGGUGGUGCUGUUGUGCGCAAAACCGAGGUAGCAGCUGAACAAGAAUUGGAAUUGACAAGGAGCAAACCCGAGGUGCUAGAGAUUGCCAGGGACGUGAGAGGCGAAGCUCUCCUGGUGGAAGAGCAGUGCUGCGGUCGCAUUUUUGUAUAUUAAUUUAGAGGAAAAUAUGUCAAACUAUGUAGAGGUGGGACGUUCGAAUACCAAAACGCUUUGGAAAUAAAAACUUACGUAUCU